UAGAGAACCAAUAUAUAUAAAUGCACAACCGCAGAGGAAUAGAGGAACAUGUUGAGCUUCUCAGGCGCUUGGCAUUCUCAUAAUGUUUGGAUGGCGACGUGGGAGCUCAAAACUGUCAAAUGCCAUGUCUAUUGUGGAGCUUUCGGUUCAUAUGGACUGCGAUGGAUGCGAAAAGAGAAUAAGAAGAGCAAUCUCCAAAAUAGACGGUGUUGAUAGCUUUGAUAUAGACAUGGAUAAGCAAAAGGUGACGGUAACAGGAUACGUAGACCAGAGGAAGGUCCUUAAGGUGGUGAGGAGAACAGGAAGAAAGGCAGAGUUUUGGCCAUUCCCAUACGACAGUGAAUAUUAUCCAUAUGCAUCUCAGUACUUAGAUGAGAGCACCUAUACUACUUCCUAUAACUACUACAUGCACGGCUACAAUGAAAGCGUACAUGGAUACUUUCCAGACCAAGCAUACGCCACUGUUGAUGACAACACAGUUCACCUUUUCAGUGAAGACAAUGUUCAUGCAUAUUGCACCAUUAUGUGAUGACAAACUAAUAAUUUUCAGCUACAAGCCACAGUUUGUAACUUGGAUCAUUUUAAAGCCCCGAAAGAAAAGAAAAAAUAACAACUGCAAAAACAAACGAACCAUUCUUGAGCUUGACCAACCGGCUCACUAAAUCAAAAGUGAUGAUGAAAUCCAAUCUUAAUGCACUUAUCCAAAUUCCAAAUCAUCUAGAAAGAUUGGUUAAUAUUUAUGUACAUAAUAGUAAAACAUUUAAUUAUUUCCUUUCA